GCGAGGACAAGGAGGACUGAAGAGGCGUCAGACCCCACCUCUGCUGCUGCCCAGACAGGACGGCUCCAGGACCGCCCAGCCUCUCCCCCCUCCCGCCUUGCCCAGGGCACCGCCGGAACCAGAGGAGGCCCAGAAGCUGGCAGCAGAGCGGGCCCGGGCACCUGUUGUGCCCUUUGGAGUGGACCUGUGCUACUGGGGCCAGGAGCAGCCGAUGGCUGGGAAGAUUCUCAAGUCUGACUCUCAGCACCGCUUCUGGAAGCCCCACGAGGUGGAGGAGGAGACAGACAGUGCCGAUGUCUCUGGGAUGCUCCAGACCCGCUGUAUCACCUUCGCAGGGACAUUUGAGCCCGUGCAGCACCAGUGCCGGGCCCUGAGGCCUGAUGGCCGUCUCUGCGAGCGCCAGGACCGGCUAAAGUGCCCGUUCCAUGGGAAGAUCGUCCCCCGAGAUGACGCGGGGCAGCCUCUCGAUCCAGAGCACAGGGCCCGGGAGCAGAGGCAGCGGCGGCGGCAGCCAGUGCGGCCAGAUUGGCAGGACCCCGAGUUUUUGAAGGAUGUGGAGGCAGCUACAGGGGCAGAUCUUGGCUCAUCGAGGUACAGCAAGAAGGGCAAAGGGAAGAAGAAGAAACACCCGAACCUCACUGACCUGCGAGAGCGGGCCAACACUGCCCGAGCUCGCAUUGGGAAGAAGGUCUUUGCCAAGGCAGCUGUGCAGAGGGUAGCCGCUGCGAUGAACCAGAUGGACCAGAAGAAACACGAGAAGUUUGCAAACCAGUUUAACUAUGCGCUGAAGUAAAGGCCUGGGCCCUGUGUGCUGUGCUGCGUUGUGCCGUGCCGUGCUGCUGCCGGGGCUCUCCUCGAGGACAGGAACGCGGGCGCAGGCCCGGCAGAGCCGUGGCCUGUGUGUUCACAGGACGUCCAGAGGGGGGCCUUGGGAUGCCUUGCACGAAGGCUGGGAAUGUAGCUGGGUGGCAGGGUGCUUGCCCGGCGGGCAUGAGGACCCGGGUUCCAGCCCCAGCACCCUAGGGGCGGGGCGGCAUUGUGGCACAGACCUAGAAUCCCACAUUUCAUGGACAUGGCAACAGGAAAAGAGUGAGCUCCAGGCCAGUCUGUGCCUGUGAUCCCGCUUCUCCAGAGGCAGAGAUGGGAGGCCAUGGUUUGGGGUCGGCUGUGGCAUAAAGUUAGUAACACAGGUGUAGUGGUUCACACCAAGAAUCCCAACGAUACAAAGGCAUCAAUAGGAGGAUAGCAGUCCCAGGUGGGCCUGAACAGAAAGCGAACCAUCCUAUCUAAAAAUAACCUGGAGCAGAAAGGAGGGUGCUCAAGUGGUGGAGCCCCUGCUAGCCAAUGUGGGGCCUUCAGUUCAAACCCGCAUCACUCAAAACAGGGCCCUCCAGGGAUGGCCUCCCUACCCGGAGGCCUCCACCAUCUGGGGCAGGGCUGGCCUGUGCCCAGGGCGCAGAGCAGGUGUCUGUCCUCCCCAUAGUAGCCACCAGAGACCACUCAGACCACCUCAUACACCAGACGCUUCUUAUUUGGGUUGGUGGCUGGGAUGGGGCUUAAACUUGACCUGAUCUCUUGGUCCAGUUAUUUGUUUAUGGCUGGCACUCUACUA